GGAUACUUAAUCAGUCACGCGUCGCAAACUUCCAACUCGACGUAGUAAAGUGUUGUCCGCUACACAGGGCAUGCACACCGAGUAGUAUUAUAUACGUCAUCGCCACAGCAUCGCAUUCAGGAUGCAGAUCCUGAUACUCCUCGCACUCGGCCUCGUCAGCUUCGUUUCUGCCACUGACGAGAUCCUUGGCUGCGGCGGUUUUGUUAAAAGCCAUGCCGACAUUGAUUUUAGCCGUAUCACUGUCAAAUUAUUUACCAAAUCAGGAAGUUUAAAAGAUCACACAGAGUGUGCUCCUAAUACUGGUUAUUACUUCCUUCCAAUUUAUGAUAAAGGAGAAUAUUAUUUGAAAUUGGAACCUCCAACCGGCUGGAGUUUUGAACCUACAGAAGUUAUAUUAAAUAUUGAUGGUUCAGGUGAAGAUUUGUGCAGUCAAGGAAGUGAUAUAAAUUUUGUCUUCAAAGGUUUUGGUAUAACUGGCAAGGUUGUCACAUCCAAAACAAAAUCUGGACCAAAAGGAAUAUCUGUUUCCUUAUAUGACGAGCAUAAUACAACACUUUUGGGAUCUACUUCAACUUCAGAUAAUGGAAUUUUUUCCUUUACUCCAGUUCAGCCUGGAAAAUAUAUUUUGGUAGCUAGUCAUCCAAUAUGGCACAUGGAAAAACACUCUACUAGUGUCAUUGUUAAAGAAGGAAAUACUGAAAUUAAAGAUGGUGACUUGAGUGUAUUUGGUUUUGAUGUUGGUGGAAGAGUAACUACCACUGAAGGAGAACCAGUUGGGAAAGUAACAUUUUUACUGUAUGGUAAUGGCCAAGCAAAAUAUUGUGCCACUAAACCAGUUGAGGGUUUUGAUUCAAAAAAGAAGCCUUUGUGUCACAUUCUCUCUGAUGAAAAUGGUAGAUUUUCAUUCCCUGCUUUAUCUCCAGGAGAAUAUACUCUUAUUCCUCAUUAUGCUGGGUCAAAAACGAAAUUUGAUGUCAAACCUUCAGAACUUCCAUUUUCUGUUGUUCAAGACAGUUUAAUUUUAUCUCAGGAGUUCAAAGUAACUGGUUUUACGAUCAGUGGAAAAGUCAUGGCAUCCAUAAAACCAGCAAUUCCUUUAGCUGGGGCAAAAGUAUUUUUAUCAAAAAAGCAAAUUGCUGUUACCGAUAAAAAUGGAGCUUAUAAGACUGAUAAUAUCAAGGCCAAACAAUACAUACUCUAUGCUGAAGCAAAUGAUAUGCUUUUUGAAGAAAUGCCUGUUAAAGUAAUGCCAAGCAAUCCUGAAUUACCAAUCAUUACUCCGAAAUCAUAUAAAGUAUCAGGAAAAAUUUCAUCAACAACAAAAAUUAGUUUAGAAAAUAGGAAAAUGCUUGUUAAAUCGAAAGAUUCAACUAAAAUGCAAGAAAUUGAAAUUAAUCCAAAUACCGGUGAGUGGUCUGUGUAUCUUACUCCAGACACCUAUCACCUCAGUGUUAUUGUUGAUGAACAUGAAAAGUCUAAAGGUUUACAGUUCUUCCCUGUCAAUCGUGUCAUAGAUGUAGUUGCAUCACCAAUCAAAGAUGUUAACUUCUUGCAACUCAAAGCCACUCUGAAAGGCUCUAUUGUUUGUUUACCUGAUAAAGAUUCUAAAGAGACAUGUGGACAAACACAAAUAACUUUAAGAAUGGUAGAUAAUUUAGUUGAAAGCAAAACAGUCAAAGCUAAAGAUGGAGAGUACAUCUUUGAAGAUGUACUGCCUGGACAAUAUGAAGUUAUAAUAGACUCAGAUACUUUCUGCUGGGAUAGUUCAAACCACUUUGUAACAAUUGUUUCGGAAAAACCUCCAAACGUACCACCUUUCCGCCAAACAGGAUACUCUGUUACAUUUAUAUCAUCUCAUAAUACUAAAGUUGAAUAUGCAGUACCUUCUCAGCAAAAUAAAAAAAUGUACUUGCAACUUUUGAAAGGAAGCACUAGGCACUGCAUAACUAUGCCAGGAAAAUAUGAAUUUUUCCCAAAAGGCUGUCAUACUUAUGCUAAAGAUUCAUUUUCAUGGAAUACAAAUGAACAAACUCCGAUCAUUUUAUCUUCUUCUGAACACACUCAAACUGGAAAAAUAAUUAGUGCUGUAUCUGUGGAGGGUGUAUCUGUAAAAAUUGAGGGAGAGUCUGACGGUCAAUCUCCAAUUAUCCAAAAAAAUCUCAAAGCAGUUAAAGAUGGGGAUAAAUAUAAGUAUAUGUUUUCUUUUGAGGCAGUUACUGGAGAAACGUACGUUAUUUCUCCAUCAUCUGAAGCUUUACUUUUUGAUCCUCCAUCUAUAAAAGUCACAGGUCCAGAAGAUUGUAAUGAUGAUGUAGCUAUAUUCCGUGCAGAGCAAGGAAAAAUCAUUAUCGGUUCUAUAUCCCCACCCCUAGAAGGAGUGUCAGUUCAAAUUUUUGGAGUAGACAAAGAAGUCCCUGUACAUACAUUAAUGACACAAAAAGAUGGAUCAUUCAAAAUUGGACCUCUUGAUGCUAGUAUUGAAUAUAGUAUAGAAGCCAAAAAAGAGGGCUAUGUUUUGAAACACGACGAUGGCUCAUCAGGCUAUAAAUUUCUUGCUCGUAAAUUAGCUGAAAUCAACGUUCAAGCUAUUGACGUUGCAGGCUCCGUUCCACUUCAAGGUGUGUUGAUUUCUUUAUCAGGUAGUAACGGUGGGACUCAUAGCUACCGUAAAAACCUCGUAACAAUGGAGGACGGUAGUUUAACCUUCCACUCUUUGUCACCGGGUGAAUACUAUCUUCGACCAACAAUGAAAGAAUAUCGUUUUGAACCCGCUUCAAAAAUGAUCAAGGUUGAAGAGGGAAAAAGCGUUAAAGUAUCUCUGCAAGGUCGACGAGUAGCUUUCAGUGCCUAUGGUACUGUCAGCUGUUUGAAUGGUGAACCAGAAGCAGGAUUAGUGGUAGAAGCAAAAGGUCAAGCGGAAUGUUCUCAUUUACAAGAGGAAGUUGUUACUAAAGCUGAUGGAAGCUGGAGAAUCAGAGGACUCGAGCCUAAAUGCAUGUACACAAUUAGGGUAAAACUGGAAGAUACCAAUAUUCGUGGUCUCAGAGCGAUUCCGAGUUCUAUUGCCGUUCAAGCAACGCAAGACGUUUAUGACAUUAAACUUAUGGCUCUACAGCCAGUAUCUCGUACCGAUGUGUCUGUAAGAGUUAUUUCGACUCAUCCAGAAAACUACCGUACUCUCAAGGUAAAACUUUGUCGCGAAGAUCAGGCAGAUUCGCCCAUUCACGUUUUGAGAUUAGAUAAUAACAAUCACAUGAAAUCAACCAAUAGUGGAGUAAUUUUGCAUUUUCCGCCUCUUCAAAUAGAUGGCAAAAAAUACUUUGUUCAACUUGAAACUACUUUGUCAAGAGCAACGCAUAAGUACGAUAUAAAGCCAUUUUACUUUACAGCUAAUAGCUCUUUCAAAUAUGCGGAACUUCAUUUCAAUGGAGAACGCCAUCACGAUCAUGGAGAUGGCGGUCAAAUAACUUAUUUACCACUGCCGCUUAUUCUGAUUGUUACCAUUGCUUUUUAUAACCGUGAGGCUCUCUCAGCCUGGCUUAACACUACUGUUGAAAAAUGGUCGAGAAAAUCGACAACAAAAAGUUCUCAAAAUCAACAAAAUCUUUUGGCUUCGAGUGACCCUCGAUUAGAAGAACAGCUUAUUGCUGAGCAGCUUAAGAAUAUUAAUGCUAAAAGCAUUAGCAAAAAAGUAAAGCCGAGGAAGGCCUAGCAGUACGAUUAAUUUGACGAUUAAUCAUUUGAGUUUUACAAUUUCAAAAAAGUAAUCUAGGUAUGAUGUAUCAAUUUCUUACUAUUUCGUUAACGAAGUCAGUAGUUUUGUGAUUUUUUUCGAGUAGGUAAGAAUAUGCAGUUAAAUUUGUGUUCAUUUAUUGUUAAAUAUAAUCGUGAUUGUUCACAUUUGUAUUUUUUUUAUGUAAAUAUUUACUUAAGUAAAAUGAAUAUGAUUCAUUAAAAUGUAUGCACGUAAAAUAGAUCUUGUCUUGAACUUUUUGUAAAGACAUUUUGGUAAAAACAAUCAUUUAAUAAAUGUACUGAAUUAAUAACGGACUGUAUAUAAACUAACUAUUAAUAAAAUAUUAUGAUGAACGGAAAAUGCUCUUAUUAUAAAGCUCGUUUCUUCUGUGAGCUGACACGAAAAAAAUUAUGAAAACGAUUUUUUAUUAUAAGCACAAUGAAAUGUCUAGAAUAAAAACUAUGUUACCAUACGUUCUAAAAAAUUUACUUGUAAUUUCGACUAUUUAAAAUGAAUUUUGCAUUUGUGUAAUAUUCAUCAUGAAUUUGUGUCCAUUCCAAAAUAAUAUUGAACUUAAUCGACUGAGUUUCAGAUUUGUUUUAUGUACUCUUAUAAUCGAAUUAGAUUGUUAAUAUUAAAUAGGGGCUGUAAAUUCUUUCACAACCCAUGGAGAAAAUAUUGAAUAAAAUGAAGAAUUUAUGAAAAUUA